AUGCCUCGGACGCAGGUCAACAAGGCUCAUAAGAGCCGCUUUACUUCUAAGUCUACCCGGCACGCCCACAAGACAUCGAAAAUCGGUAGGCUCUUCCGCAUAUAUUUGUGCCUGUCUUUUCAUCUUUCAUUUAAUCAACGUGCAUUUGUUCAUUUCCUCUUUUAUGUUUCUACAUUUGAUUCCUUUUCUUCUGAGUCGCAGAUAAGGGCCGGAUUACAAAGCCUCAGAGAAAUCUUGUGAAGGGUACUCGUGCAGCUCGCCUCCAGCACAGCAAACAGGUGGGUUUCACGAGAAUUUAAACGUUAUGGAAUUGCUAAUCACGUGGUGUGCUACCGGCAACGUUAUUGGGUUGCUGAUUUUUUCUGCCUCCUGUUAAUUUAACUGAUUGUUAUACGAAGUUCGAACCUUUCUUUUUUUUAUUCAGCUGGUGGCAUUUAUUUUUUUCAACUAGGGUAGUUAUUUUCGUCGUUCCGGUGUUUCUUGAAAUGCUCUCACCAUAGUACAUCGAAAAUAGUUUUCUUUGUUACAGUGAACAUUCUUUUGUAUGCUAAUAGAGUCUCUCUAUUAUGUGCUGCGCACUUUUUAGGGAACGCCCUUUGUCAUGAAUGCCAUGGACAUGCAUACGGGAUUUCUCAAAACACAUAUUGAACCAACUAAGCUUUUUUAAUGAAUGAUCAUGGAGGGACAAAGGCGUUGGUUACUGAAGGAUGAUACGCAGGUCUUGCGGAUGAAUUUGCAUGUUAUAAAGAGGAAAAGGGAGUAACUAGGGCAUCGACUAGGCAAGUAGAAUGCUUUUUUUUUUGGGGGUGGGGGUGGGGGUGGUGGGGUUGUAUAAAGUUUCUUUGUGAUUCCCUGCUUGAGUAGACAAAGUUUCUGGGUGAAGCUGACCAUUAUCUCGCAUCUCUUAGCUUCCUUUCAAUGAAAGUUACGGUUGAGUUGAAGAGAGGGAAAGGAAUUCUUUAGUUUACAAUUGUCCUAGCAUCACUAGGCAUUUGCUUGUUGGCGAAGAAUCAUCCCUCUGUCCUUAAUCGAUGGAAGAGUCUCUGCUUCAAUCAAAAUAUAGAAAAGCCUGGCAUAUGUGGAUGAUCCUACACUAGUAAUUUGGUAAAGCUUAUGUUUUACAACUUGGUACGAAAUUUUUGUUUAAAUAUGCAUCUGACUUGUAUAUUGAAUAUUACGUCCAAACAUCAGAGCACAUUGUUAUUCGUCAUGAUAUAUUUUCAAUAAUGGGAAUGCCUUGUUUCAUGUAUAUUUUACGAGGAACCAAUGCAUGUUUAGGUUUUCUUACGAAGCUUAGUUUUUGAAAUUGAAAAUUACACUGUAUAAAUAAAGUUGAAAGAAUUAGAAUCCCAUUUAUUCACUUGUGAAUGGAGGUUCUUAAACAGAAUGCGUUUUGAACUAGAAUUAUGCUAUUUAUGGUAUUUUUAUGUUUUAGCUGCUUGAAUUUCUUAUCACCCAUCACUUACAUGGCCUGUUGUGUAAUGCAUAAAAUAAUCGUUAUGAUAGGAUUACUGUGUCUUUGUUGCAUCAUUGAUCUAAAUGUGUUCCAGAUGGAUUCACUUCAUUCUUUUAUCAAAAGACUUUUUUUCUCGGUGGUUAUGUUUUAAUGUCUUUUUUAGGGAUAUUUUACUAUUUUCAACUCAUUUAUGUUUUGUAGAUUCGUGAUGAGAAACGGGCUUCACUGUUAAAAGAGAAGAGGGUUGCAAGUGGAUCAUCUUGUCCUCCUCGUGUGAUUGUGAGUGAUUGUCUUUUUAUCAUUAUACGCAGUUCAGUAGACAUGUUCAAGUUUUUAUCACAUUAAGAGACAUUUAAGCAUCUUGACGAUUGAUAAACCCCAAAGGAUGAAUGUGGUGAAAUUCUGGCCAAUAUAUUCUUGUUAUAGACCUCAAGAAUUCAUAUACGUGUGAUAUAUUUUCGUCAAGGCAGGGCAGUAAGUUGAAGCAUGUUUUCAAAGUUUUAAAGUUGAUUUAAAUACUAAAAUACAUACAUUUUAAAAAUAAAUCAAGACAUCAAAAUGAAAUAAAGAUAUUAACAUGUCUUCAUUAAUGACACCAAUAAAUAAUUAUUCAUUAAUACCAUAAAUUGCUUUAAUUAGUGAUAUCAAUGUUAUUCAGUCCAAGCCAUUGAGAUUGGAAUCCCAAUUUUUUUCUUUUACUGUAUGCAAUACCAUAUUUAUAUUUAACAUUUGCAUGUUCAUGAUUUCCUUAACUGACUCUGUACAUUCUCUGUUUUAAUCUUCCUCAGAAAAACACUGAUGAGCUUUCCCGUUUGCGUUUUCCUCCUUGCCAUCUUAAAUGAUUUUCCGAAUCUCUAGCAAUUUAUACUUCUGUUGUUCUUCUUGCGUUGUGUAAGGUUUUUUUGUGUUUGAAUCUGCUCAAUUUACGAAAAUGAAACUUUUGUUCAGCAGUUAGAGACUCGCUUUUUCUUUCUGGCCACCAGUAUUCUAUAUCCUUUAGUGCCGUCGGGUUUCGUUUUUUGUCUACCAUGAUGUGACAUAUUUUAUUAUGCCCUAUUUUCCUGAGCAAGACAGCCUGAAGUGGUAGUUUGAUUGAUGAAUUGGAUAGAGUAUGUUCUACAUAAACUUUGCUUUUUCACGCUUGCUAUUUUUUUGAUUGGUUGAUUUUUUUUCUUCUAAAUUUACACGUCUACAGGUUCUUUUUGGCCUUUCCAGCAGUGUGGACCUAAGUUUGCUCGCAAGAGAUCUUUUGACAUUGAGUGGAGCAGAUAAUACAAAAGUUGCUGGAAAUACUAUUGCUUUCCCUACCUUCAGACUUAGAACUUCAGUAUGUUAUUUCUUUAACGCAUAGUUGAAAUAAUCCUCAUAUUUUGGUUGCCUGUGGAAUGUCAGUAUUUAUCAGAUAUUAUAUUGACUGCAGUUUGUUGAGAUUUCUUCUGACGAUUUUGCUAAAAUGCAUGCCAAUUGUAAAGUUGUCUGCUCUAGAGACACGGCAGAGAUAGCCACCUAUGAACGUAAUAAUGGGAAGUCAGUGACUGCAUUUCUGAUCAAUCCUGAGGCCUAAUCUCGUCAGAUUUGAGCCUGUAUUGUACAUUGUAUGUGAUCAGCACGUAUUUUCAUCAGCAGAAGAUAUAAUUGCUGACAUAAAUAAACAGAGAAGCAAGAAUAGGAUGAAAAGUUCUUCUUGAGUGUCUUACUUUUUUUUUAGUUUGUUGGACUAGUGCUUCAUCUUCACAUAAUCAAGGAUUGUUUCGUGGAUUAAAAAUUUGUCUAACAGAUGGGAAAUUUCAUCGCAAUCCAUUCUUACUCUCAGACAAUCCUGUUCCACUCUCAGGAGCUAUAAAUUUGUGUCCUCAAAAAGCAUACAAGAUGGCCUAAGCCUAAAGGGCAAUCCAGUAAGUCAAUGCAGUCAAGCCAGUAAGUAGGGAGGUCCAGCUUAUCAGUCUAGCGAGUCAAGUCGCUUGCGCGAAGAAAGUGGUUUUUCCUCAAUGGAUAGGCUCAGUUCAGCUCAGGAAGAAGACGAAGACCUCGCUGUCUUAUCCCGGGCCUUAAUAACCCGUAAUAUUUGGUUGCCUCGAUGUUUUGUGUGGAGUUCCCUGAUAUUGUUGGUCUGAAUUUUUCGGUUGGUUGAUGCUGUAGUUUUGACGCUGCGUCAUAUUGUCCAUGUUUCCUGUUGCAGAGUACACGUAUCUUUGACUGUAGCAUGAGCUGGGAGGGAAACAAUAGUUUUGGUCUCUUUUGACACUCAUAAGUCCUCUUUUCGUUUGUUUUUCUUCUUUUUUUCCUCUUUUGCAGUUUCUCUUGUGGUUUCCCCCUCCUUUUCAUUUUAUUACUUUUUCCUCCGUUUACUUGCUUUUAUUCUUAUAUUUUCUUCUUUCUUUGCUCGUUGCUGUGUCAGCUAGUUUUUUGGGUUUGGCUGUGUCAGAUGUAUCUUGAUGCACUGACUCAAUGCAGUAUUGUUGACAUGUUAUGCUUACUGACAGCGUUUUUGUUCAGUUUUUUCUGGCAUAUCGAACAACAUAUUCCCUAUACUGUUUCUGCCGGUCGUCACUGUGGGGGAGGGUUAGCUUUUUUUCUAAUGCUAUCACCAGUUAAUGAUCUUACCGUUUUCUGGUUGUAAUAAACGAAGAAAACCUUGAUCGGUGUUCAGUUGUAGUAUGUAAAAAGAGGUAAGGGUUCAGUGAUUGGCAGGAAUUAUCUGGUCGGGUCUUGCCUUUCCUGUUUCCAAUUUAGACAUAUCUUACUUUGUCAUGUUCUGCUCAGCUUUCAGUUUCUAAUAAAUAAGAUCGUUGUAACACUCAUUGAAACUCAGGAAAAAUUUAUAAUGUAGCUCCCAUAGCAAUAGGACUAGAAACGUACCCAAAUGUAAUUUCUUAUUUUAUCAAGGUACUCUAUACUAGGCCAUUCAGUGUGUGAAAAUGCCUUUCUCGCACGUGUAUGGAGACAAAUCCUGAUACGAAGCAUCUUCCUGAUGAUUUGUGUUUUCGUUCUAUAAUUCAAUAUAUUUCCUGAAAGGUCAAUAAUUAUUCAAAUUGGUUCUGAAGGUUUUGCAGGCUCGUCAUGGGGAUCUAUUAUCAUGUAUAGAAAUGGCGAAGGUAUUUGAUUUGUCUUUCAACUAUUGCUCUCCUUUUCCUUGUUAGGAGAUAGAGAUAUUUUUGUCAAGUGACCGUUUCUCUUCCAUGGCAGGUUGCUGAUCUUAUUGCGUUUGUUGUUUCCGCAAGUUCGCUAUGCAAUGAAGAUGGUCCCAUUGAUUCGUUUGGAAGUCAAUGUCUUUCUGUUCUGAGGGCAAUGGGAUUACCAAGUACUACUGUCAUGAUACGGGUCCGUAUUUGGUAUUGCACUGUGAAUUCUUUCAUGUAUGGAUGCUGAUUGUUUUGCUUCUCAGGAUCUUCCUGACGACGUGAAGAAGAGACAUGAUGUGAAGAAAAUAUGCAGUUCUAUCAUAUCUCCUGAAUUGCCCGAGGAUUGUAAAUAUUUUCUUGCUGAUACACAGGAAGAAUUACGGAAGGUAAUCUAGAUUGUGAUGUUGCUUCAAGUAGUCGUUUCCACUUAACGUGGUAUAAUUUUCCUGUCGCAAAAUGCAAGCGAAAGAUCAGCUAGUUCACUGAUUCAUAUUUUCCUUUCCUUUAACUUUUUGAUUUUCAUUUGCAGUUCAUGUGGCUUUUUAAAGAACAGCAUCUCUCAUUUCCUCAUUGGCGUGCUCAACGACCAUAUCUUAUUUCCCAUGAGGUAAUGCAUGCGAAUAUCCCUCAUGAUAGGAUGCUUAAUCGUUUUCACUCCACUCUGCUGAAUUCUGAUUUGAAAGUAUGAUUGCCAUUGAGAGUUUCUACUACUUUUAUCUAGAUUCCAUGUGGUUUUCUACGUCGGGAGAAACAAAGAUGUGUAUUGUCUAUGAUUCGGUGCUCCAUCAGCCAUGUGAAUGCAAUCAAUUGGUUUCCAUUUUUUGGGAUACAUUUGGCUGCAUAAGAACAUUGCAGUGGUGAGUAGAUGGCAGAAAGUAAAUGGGCAUAUAUCAUGAUACUACUAGUUGACACGUGUUGAUGUUGCUAAGGUUUACAGGACUGGUUAUUUUAGGAUGGAAAACCUGAACUCGAUUAGAGCUAAAUGGUGGUGGGGGUUCGAUCCUACCACCUUGGAGCUGAUUGAUUCUGUUUGGUAAACUGGAACAGAUGGUAUCGUCACAUAGUUGUUCCCUAUUAUGCUGAAUGAAUUCAGGGGAAGGAUUAGACUGCAGAGAAAGUUACAGAGAAAGUUGCCCGAUCUUCUCUACUCCAAGAGGGGAAAAAAAGGAAGUUGACAUUUUCUGAAGGGAUCUUAAAUAUAGAUAAGUUUUUUUUAGCAUUGCAAAGUCUCUUUUGAUUUAUUUGGUCAUCUUGGAGCCAACUAAUCCUCAAGUAUCUUGGUAAUAUCAUUCAUAUAUUUAUAACUUCUGGGCACGUUUCUCUUUUUCCUUGGUUUAUCUUUGGCUCAUUGAAUUUUUUAGUUUUCGAAGGUUUCUGGACUUUUCAAAUUGUUUGAAAAUUUUCGAGUAUAAUUUUAAAACCUAGUUAGGUAGGGUAAGAUGGGAUUGCGUUGUGUAAUAUUCUAUAAGUUGGCAUAAUCCAAUUUCAUUUUGGGGUCCAGUUUUUUGUGCAACUUUGUAUCUUGAGCUUGUCAAGGUAGUUGUUGUAGGCAUACUUUUCAAGCAUUUUCUUUCUCUUAUUAUUAACUGAUGACAGAUUCAAUUACUUUUUUUGGAACACUUUUGAUGUUAUUGUUCAAGUGAACGAAUCUAAUUUUAUUUAUGAUAAAGAGGAAUAAUAGAUUGUUCUCACAUGGGUUUACGAUUAAAAAUGUUUGAAAUUUAUUUGGCCCGACUGCUGGCAUAUCAUUCUGAAAAUAUAUUUAGCGUUGUAAUUCAGUUUUUAUGUUGUCUUCAUCUCAAAUACGCCAAUGGUUGCGAAUGCCUUUCAGAUUGAUGUGGAACCUGAUGUUGAUGAUCCUGGCAAAUGUUCUUUAAUUCUAUCUGGUUAUGUACGCACUCACAGUUAUUCUGUGAAUCAGUUGGUACGUUUUUUCGCAUUGUGUUCAUUUGAUUAUUUGUAAACUUUUAUGUGUCUAACUUUUCUUCAGAAUAGGUUCAUGUUUCAGGUGCAGGAGACUUUCAGCUUGGCAAAAUAGAGGUUCUCAAAGAUCCAUUUCCUUUAAGUGAAAGGAGUAACUAUGAUUCAAUGGAUUCAGAUGAUACAAACUAUAGAAAGGUUGUUCUAUGCGGCCGAGGAUUUUCGUAAUCUUUUUUAACGUUCUCUCUUCAUGUUCACUUUUUUGUGUGUCUUGUGUUGUCUUUUGCAUUGAUCCUACUCGUAAAACUUUGGCAAUGUAAUCUUUGACUUCUGUAGGGGGCCUUCUCACCUUUUCUAUGAUGCAAAAAUCUGCAGGUUAUUUGUGCGCUACUUCCUGAUCCAAUGAAGGCAGAGGCUUUGCUAGUUGAAAAUGUGCCUGAUCCUCUUGCCGGUGAACAGGUAAGCAUUUGAGGAUACUCGUUCCCUUGGGCUAAGUCUUCAUUCUUUCAUUUGCCAUUAUUUUAUGGAUUUAAUAUCUUAUAUUUGUGUACGGCAUUUGACUGCUGCUAUGUGCUUGCACUUCUGUUUUUGAUGGAUUGAUGUAGCAAAUAUUGUCUUCUAUGGAAGAGGGAAGAUAGAUAAGGCAGGGAAAUGGCUAGAAGUCAAAGCGUUCAAUUUUUUACUUAGCAAGAAAAAGAGAACGAGGCUUCUUCUUUACAUAGUGAGAAUCAGCUUUCACAGGUUGAAUAACAUGAAAGAUGUCUUUCAAAAAACCAUCAGAGCAUGGAAAUCUGUUGCUUGACACAGAAUGACUGUCAUUUUCUUUUGACAGACGGAUUCAACGAGGUAGAUGAGUUGUUGGGAUAACUGUUUGUUCGGAUAACAUGAAAAAAUGUUCAUCUACAGUUGUAUAUCUUCUCGGGUGAAUUUGUGGCUUGCAUAGAAUACCCCAAAUGUUUAAUGUUGUGACUGUGUGAUUUAUCUAUCUGCUUGAGUGAAGCCAUUAAUUGUAAAGUGUAAAUUGCUAUUUCUUGUUUGCAUGGGGUCGAUUUUUUGUAUCUAUAUUUUUCAUUACCCUUCUGUUGCAUCUUUUUUUAUUUAGUCAUCGUAGUUGACAAUGGAAUGUAUUUCACUUUGUACCUGACGUGAUAGAUUUCUUUGAUUAGACCUGGCCGACUGAAGCAGAGAUGGCUGAAGCAGAUGCCAAGAACAAAGAGAGAAAAAUUCUGAAGAAGAAGGCUAUUCCUCGGGGGACCUCUGACUAUCAGGUCUAGUAUUCAAGCUUCUGCAAACAUUUGCAUGGCAUGUUUUAUGCAAAGAUAUUAUUUGACAACAAUGAUCUUCAACAGGCUGCGUGGAUCACUGAAGACACAGAUGAAGAUGACGAUCAUUCAGAAAGCAAUGACGAUGAAGGUGAAGGAAUGGUAUUGGAUACAGCGGACGAUGAAUGCUCUGGGAAACAAGGAUAUGAUUAUUCCGAUCUAGAUGAAGAGCCUGCAAGCGGGAAAGAUGUUGAAGAUGAAACAGAACCAGAUAUGACAACUGCCGUAUGUUCUCUGGCUUUUGAUUUUAAUAAUGCGAUUCCCUGAUAUUGAUCUGUCUUGUUUUCGUGGCCAAUUUAUAUGAAAUGACGAGAUGUCUUAUUCCCUUUCAGUUCAUGCUAGUUGUGCAAUUGUUUAUCCAUAGAACAUACAUUAUCACGUCAUUGUUUUGCUGUGGUUUGCCAGCGUGUUGUGAUAAUGGGUAGUACUAUUUUAUGGUGCAGUCACUAAAGGAAUAUAAAGUGUCAUGAAAAUUUUGCAUAUCAAUUGCACAGUUAACUAAACUUUGUUCCUUUUUAUCCGCAAAAAUAAUGAAAUUAUGAUGAUUUUGAAAUCUGACAUAUUGUUCAUAGCAUUUCAUCAUGUUUUUUUGUUUUUUAUUUUUAUCUUGUUCGGCUAUUUUUUGUAUCAUCAUGCUGGCCAUGUUCCCAUCCUGGUAGCAUAUUCCUUCGGUAAUUCCCAUGUAUAUUUUUUAGAUCUGCUUAUUCCGAUAUCUUUGAUGGUUGAGUGUCAGUUGUUUGUUUUGAAUGGAUUCUCACUGGGUGGAAUCUUCUGGUUAAAAUAAUGCCAUCAUGUAUUAAUAAUUUUUGAGUUAUGCAUCAAUAUCUAUUCAUAUUGCUAAGUUGAUUAUAUGAACUGGAGGAAACCGAUCCGGCACAGUAUUCACUAGCAUGAUUUUUCUGUCCUUUUCCAUUAUUUCUCUAUUUAUUUGUUUGUUUCUGUAUUUCCUGUGCUUGAUAUCUGUUGACUAGUAAUUCAUGUACAGGAUGACGAGAACUGGACUACGGAACAGAUAAAAGCAGAGAUGGAAAAAGUCAAAGAAGAGCAUGCUGAAGAUGAAGGCAUGUAUUUUCGUGUUUUAGUGUUGAUGACUUUGGAAUGCUAUAGAGAUGACCAUUCACGUCAUACACAGGAGAUAUUGAUAAUGUCAGAUUUUUAAUCUGUCUCUUCAACCAAAAUCAAACCCAUGCUGAAAGGGGAGAGGCCUUUUUUAAUUCUCUUAGCCCAUGAUUAUCUAUACUGAUUCUUAUUGUCAUGUGCACAACUUGUCUUUCUUCAAGAAUAUGCUUGUGAACUAAAAGUUUGCUCGGCAAUUUGUGAAUACCUCCAUGUUGAAAAACAUGAGCAUAUGAUCUUUUCAUUAGACUUGCUUUCCACACUAUGAGCUGACAAUGCCUUCAUUGUUUCCCUAAGAUUUUCUAAUCAACCGAACAUGUCCCGUUCUGGAAUAUUUCUGCUUUGUGGAGGCCGGAUUUCCUAAUUUAGAUGUAUGAAACUGCUUCGUGUCCAGAAUUUAAAAUGCCUUUUAUUGUAGACCACUCUCAUAAAUUUGACAAAAUUACCACAUUAUCCACUGCAUCUACGCACUUCAUGGGCUUGAUUGGUUUCCCAAGUCCCAUGAUAUGGUACAUAUGUCUCAUUUUGUUUCAAUCAUGGCUUUACUGCAUGCAAUUUUUUAAUCGUCUUAGGUCUGAUAUUCUGUAUUGUGCCAUGCUUGUUAUAAUCGUAUUAACUAUCAGAGGAGUUUGGAGCCUGACGACCACCAUUUAUGGCAACCCUAUUAGUGCUGUAAUAUAAUGCCGAUGAAGUUGUUGUAAUCCCCUUGCAUGCAAAGUGGGUAAAGACGUGCUCUAAUUUCAAGGGAUAGACGUAUAUUGCAUCUCAUAUUGUAAUCGUUCACAAUAUGAGAUGCAAUAUAUGUGGGCAAAGCUAAAUCAUCUGCAAUUCUCUGGGUCCUUUUGUCUAUUCAUUUCUUCUCCUUUUCUGUUUUGGUUCCCUUCUUGUCUAUAGGAGACUAUACGUUGAUCGUCAAACUUGGUUUGCUUUUGUUGAAUCUGUUUGUCUAAAUUCUAGCAAUGCAUCUCAUAUUGUGAACGAUAUUUGGGCGAGACUCAUUGUUCAGUUGGUGGGAUUGUCAUUGAUGGGCUUGGUUAUUGGCAAUGAUUGCAGGUGUAGUUAAGGUUUUUCCCAUCUUCAUUUUGCUUGUGGUUGAUGCUUUUCCCCAAUGCUCGCUUUCUGAAGUUAGACUUGAAGUCAGAUCCAUGAACGAAUACACAAGAAAUUUCUGAUAUUUUGGGUUGAUAAAAUAAAUAUCUGCGUAAUUUUUUCUCUCGUUUUGUACAUGUAGAGAAGAAUUAAUGUAUCAAUACAAUAUAUAAUAAGCAGUCCACCAUAAUUUGGCCUGUUUCUUGAUCCUUUUCUUCCCAUGUUCAUCAGAAUUUCCAGAUGAAGUAGAGACUCCUCUGGACGUCCCUGCCAAAAAACGGUUUGCCAAGUACAGAGGUCUCAAAUCUUUCAGAACAUCAUCAUGGGACCCCAAGGUGGAUAUUUGGACCACUUAUAUACUGAUAUUUUCCUUCUUCAAAUUUUGGGCCUUUUAUAUAUAUUUAUUGAUGGCAGGAAUCAUUGCCACAAGAGUACGGCCGAAUCUUUGCAUUUGAUAACUUCAGUAGGACGCAGAAAUACGCACUGGCUAAGGUUUUAGAACGAGAUCAGGAUAGUCUUGGUGAAUCUGUACCAGCUGGUUCAUACGUGAGGCUUCAUAUCAAGCAAGUACCGAAAGACAUUGUUUCAAAAGUAUGCAGCCUGUCUGAGAGAUUGCCUGUGGUUGCAUCUGGUUUACUGCCACAUGAAUCCAAGAUGUCUGUUCUUCACUUCAGGUCUGUCUAUAUCCUAAGUGCAUUCUUCACUUCUCAUUCUUUUUUAUUCAUUAUUUCUGUCAUCUGUGUUUUCGACAUAUUGUGAUGACAACCUUAAAGAUUUUCUUUUCUAGUUGUUUUAGAAAUCCUUGGCUUCUUGAUCGAAUAGCAGUUGCCCUGCCUCUCAUGCCAGAUUGUUACCAUCAUAGAAUGAAAAGUUCAUGUUUCUCAUUCUUGCUGUAUCGAAUUACAGCUUGAAGUUUCUUGACCUCUCAUUUAUGCACAUUUAGAGUCACAAGGCAUACCCGAUGUGGGAUUUCGUUCGGAUUCAGGUUCCAUGAUUCUGGUUGAUUUAGAUGGGGAGCAGGGGGUUGUCCAGAUACAUAGGUGAAAGGGAACACAAGUGUAAUGUUGUAUACUCUCAGGGAUAUAUUAGCACAGACUAGGCAUGGGGCAUGCACUAAUGGUCAUUUGAGUGACGAUCGCAGGAGGGAAUGGAGUUAGGCGCAAAAAGUUCUCCUUUGGAUUGGUUGCCCUAUUGACGGCUUCACAUCAGUCCGUGGAUUUUUAAAAAGCCAAGUCUGUUGUUAUUGGUUUCAUUUCCAUUUACAAAACUUAUCUAACUAGCAUUCUUUGGUGUUGCCAUCUCAUGUGAUCUUUGUUUUGCCUACGGACUUAUCACAACUUUCUGCAUUAGUUUCUCUUUUAUCAACGAAAAAGCCUAUUCUUGUAGAUGUUUGCAGAUUGUUUGAGUGAAGUUUGGUGGACUGUGGUUUACAGAUCACUUUAACCCUCAUCCAGGGGUUGAGUUUGAAUGGGGGGGAUGUAAAACCGAGGUCUUCCUAAUGGAAUUUACUUGCACCUUUACCAGCAAACAAAGAAAGAUCUCUUAAGAGUUUCACUCAUCACAUGUAUUAGAAACUCGAAAUUCUGGAAUAAUUCACCUGUCCGUUGUUGGUGACUUAUGUGACGUAGAUUCUCUCAACUGGUCGUGGUCUAGAUCAUGAUAAAACUUAGCUGAACAUAUUGAAGAAAACGAUAUUGGAUUGGUCAGUUUGUGCGUCUUAAAUAUUUCACGGUUUCAGCUUUAAGCGAUCAUAAAAUCUAGUUUUCUAUCUGUAAACAAUCACGCAUCGAUUCUCGCUACUUUUCAUUGUAAAUCUGGAAGCUAUGGUUCAAAUGGUAGGAGAUGAUGGACUUAUGUCCCCUCUCUUUUACCCUGUCUUUGUAUCCUCCUUUUAGAUUCUUCCAUUUUUUUUUAAUGUUUGUUAUUCAUGGAACUGGCAUAUGCAUAACUAGAUGUACGCCACACUUUUAGCGUGAAAGGAUGACUGUAUUGUUCCUCUGCCUAUACUUGCCUUCUACGUUUUGUUAUUUUCGUUGAAUCGGUUGCAGUUGCCUCCUGAAUAUAUAUGAGUAGCUAUGCACUAUCGCUGAUUCAACAGUUUAUUUAAAGAUCUUCAAUAUCCGUUUCAGCAUAAGGAAGAGUGACUCUUACGAAGCCCCGAUUAAGUCAAAAGAGUCUCUCAUUUUUCACGUUGGGUUUCGCCAAUUCCUUGCCAGGUAAAGCGCUAAGAGUGCUUACUCGGGACCUGAAGUUUUGUAAUUACUCCUAUGAAACGAUCAUUUUGGCCUUUUUUUUUCUCUUUCUGCAGGCCAAUUUUUUCUUCUGAUGAUAUGAAUUGCGACAAGCAUAAAAUGGAGAAAUUUUUACAUUCAGGACGCUUUUCAAUAGCAUCAGUUUAUGCUCCUAUUUGUUUUCCUCCGUUGCCUUUGAUCGUUCUAAAGAGUCAGGAAGGAAUGGAGCCAGCUGUUGCUGCUUUUGGUUCACUAAGAUGUGUGGAUCCAGAUAGGAUUAUUCUGAAGAAAAUCAUAUUAAGUGGGUAAGCCAUAUUUUCUUUGUCAUCUGCGAUCUAAAGCUGGGAUAUUUCUUCUUGUGCGUGUCACGUUUGGCUCAUACUCGAACUAAAUAAAAAAAAUGCCAUCUAUUAUGUCUCAUGAGUUGAAGAUAGUCUCCGUAAGAAAACAUAAAUAUGCUUUCAGGUGUUUGAAUAGUUUAAAUUUUAAUUUUUAUUGUCAAUAACCUGUCAUUGUGUAAACAUUCAAACUGAAAAUAUGUGAUUCCAAUCGGCACCUUCUUUCUAUUAUUCUUCAGAAUUAGAAUUAUUAUGUUCAAUUAUUCCUCUUGUUGACUAUUCAUGCCAUCUAUCCACUAGAUUUGGCUGCGUAUACUUGUCUAUGUUUUUUCCCAUUGAUUUCUAUUUAAAUCAUCACUUAAUCUGCCCUAAAAACUGUCUAAUGGUGCAGAUAUCCUCAGAGAGUCACGAAAUUAAAAGCCUCUGUGCGAUUUAUGUUUCAUAAUCCUGAUGACGUUAGAUGGUUUAAGGUAUGUAGAGCUACUUGAUCAAGCUUGACAAUGGGUCUUAGACUGUUUAAACUAAUGACCUCUCCCUGUUCUUGUGUUUAGCCUGUCGAAUUGUGGACCAAGUGUGGUCGCCGUGGCCGCAUAAAGGAACCCGUUGGCACCCACGGUAUGAGGCCUUGUAGAACUCAUAUCCCUUUCUCUUUUUUCAUGAGAAGAAUCCCUCCGAAAUAGUUUAAGAGAUGACUUUAGUUGAUAUUCAUGCCAUGCCAACUUUGUUCUUCAAUUCGUUGUUCUUCCAUGCCCAGUAUAGCAACUAUUUUCUUGAAAGAAAUUCCUCAACUGGCUAUGAACCCUACUCAUACCAUCUGAGUUCUGGGGGACCUUGUGUUCUAUAUUGAGGAUCCAGUCUAGCAACCACGUUGACUCUCAUGGUACAGCUUUUGAUUACAGCUGCUUGACUUUAUUCAGUGUUAGCUCCAGCAUUUCAGGAAUUGGAUGAUGAUCGGCAGGAGCAGAGACAGAACAUCGUUCUAAGAUUGUUCAGUGGAACUGCUUACAAUAUUUUUCUUAUUCUUUCUAUAUAUGUUUAUAUAUAAACCCAUGUUGUGGUAGAUAUUAUCUGAUAUUUUAUGGCGGAAAAAAAAAGCAAGACCCAACGUGGUGUUCUUCCCUUGACAGGUUCUAUGAAGUGCGUAUUCAAUGGUGUGGUUCAGCAGCAUGACACCGUCUGCAUGAGUUUGUAUAAGCGCGUGUACCCAAAAUGGCCUGAAAACCGGUACUUAAUCUCGGAUCCAUCUCACUGA